AUGGAGUUCAUUCCUGAUUUAAUUUCUUCUGAACGUGCCAUGUCUCCCAAGCCGUCAAGCAGUGGAGCCGCCCGUGAGAUUCCGGCCACGCCUCUGAAGCCACGUACUUUUGCCAAACGCCGUGCCCCGGAAGUGGAUGAUGUCAAGCUAAGCCUAGCCAAGAAGUUCAAGGAGCAAGAGGUCACCAAGCAUCCUCGUCACGCCUUUACCCAUGAAGGUGCCAAUGUCUACAAGAUCGGCUUCGAGAAGUACGUGUACGCCCGUUUCCAAGACGGAGUCUCGGCCAUUGUCAUCGGAGAGUGGAAGAAGCAGAGCGACGACACCUACCGCCGCACCCUGGAAAAGUCCAUCACGGUAAAGAAGCCUGGAUUCAUGCGCUUGUGUGCCUUGAUUAUGAGCGGCAAAGGGGACCUGGACAAGAUUUCCCAGUGCAGCAGCGGGACCGAUGGUAAGCUGACACCACUGUACGCCCUGGAGAAUGGAUUGUACUUUGGAUGGGGACGCUACAACCGUGUCAACACGGCCACCGUGCGUCGCUACACUCUCGGCAACAACGGCGACCUGUUUCCUACCAAAGCUGGCGUGACGUUUGGCUUGAAAACCUACGACGGACUGAAGGAGCUGGUUGUGGACAUGACACUGCUGAAAGAGCUCCUCAUUGUGGAUGAAGCCAACCAUGUGCCGAAGACUUUGAAGUCUGCCUUGGCUUAUGACAAGCUGAAAGAAGAAGUGGCCGAAGAGUUUACGGAACUGAUCCACCAGAUGCGUGGACGUAACGGCAAGAUGGUGUGCGGGAGCGCCAGCGAUGACGAGUGGGCAGCGGCUGAGAAGGCUAUUUUGGAGUCGCGCUACGUGGAGGCUGUGCUGUUGGAAGCUGACCAAGUGGACGUUGGGCAAGUUAUUGGAUUGGACGUUAAAGGGUAUCUUGAACUUAAUGCUUUGGAGUUUCGUGCCAUGUUUGCAAAGCUCAUCUGAGCGAUGUCAAUGAUUGCUUCUUAUUGGCUUAGCGUUUCAUUUGUCUCUUUUUCCUUAAACGAAUAAA